GCGAAGUGGCAGUCAGACCUGGAGCAGCAGAUGGUCUAAACUCUUUCUGGAACAGCGUCCAGUGCUAGCGGCAUCAGCGACAGCUUCUCGAAGUAAACACACAGAUUCAAUAUAGCAAUGCGACUUCCAUCGUCCAAUUAACUCGCAACAUUCGACCUCACAACAGCUCUUUGCUUUUUAAGCCAAUCUCGACUGCGACUCCUUGACCGCGAUUACCCUCUUUCUCUCACUCGGACGCGUGGCCAAAGCAUGCGCGCUAGCUGAUACUCAAAACCGCCUGCUGCCACAAUACACAAACAAACCACGACUCUGUUACUGUCCGUCACCUUGGUCUUAAGCGCGACGCGAACAGAUACUACGGAGUAUCGCUCUGCAUUAGCAUAGCAUACUUUCUAAAUCUUGUGGCGGCUUGAUUGUCUUAACACUCUUUUAUUCGAGUCUACGCGUCUCGCCCUUUGGAGAUGUUUUCAUGGAUUAGUGGACCCCGAAUCACCAAUGUAGCAGAAGACCUACAAGAUACUACCUUCAUUGAGCCACCGGAGACUCCUGCACACGUCUUCCCCGUCCGAGCUUUCAAACAGGCUCUCUUCGGCACACCUCAUCCAGACCACGAGAUCAAGUCCGUGCCCGGCAAAGAACAGAAGCUAGUUGAAAAGAAAGUACCUACGGAAAAGACAGCUCCAUAUAUACAGAUUGAAGGUGCUGCUAUGGAUGUAGACCAGAACAUAGCCCAGCCUUCCGGGAAGCCUAGUGGCAUUCUUAUGACACCUGGCACCACCUCGAAAGGACGAAAGACUGUUUCAUUUGGCACGCAAGUCGUGGACAAUGAAGGAAAGGAGCCGGCCAUUGGACGGAGUGGUCUUCCGGCAAAUUUUCCCGGCAAGUUCCCAAGUCCGUGGACACCACGAAUGGCCUCAGUUGGCGAUACAAAAUCCCGCAGCAGCAAGCUAGCAGAGGCUUUGUACGAUGCUCGCGAAACCAUCAAGCCAAAGGAGGAAUCUCAACCUAAGACGAGUAGGAAGACCAGUUCUGCGAAUGACGCGGUUACUAAAUCCUGGGCAAGGGACGACUUGGAUAUCACAUUGGAUUUGUCAGAACCGAGAUCAGAAUCAGGGAAGUACUGGAAGCAACAGUAUCUCACAUACUCUGAGAACAGUACGCGCGAAAUGAAGAGACUGGUCAAUAAGGCGAAACUGGCAAAGAACUAUGCGGCCAAGAAGGAUCAGGAGGUGACAGAGCUUGGGGUGGCCAUGGAUCAAGAGCGCAAGAAACUUGCAUCUCGUAACCACGCACUCGAGAUGCAGAACAGGGACUAUCACGAUCAGAUACGGCGCGUGACGCAGGAAAACCUACGAGUGAAUCGAGAAGUGGUCGCUCUCAAACAUCAGCUCCUAAGCUUGGGCGUGAAGCCUAUCAAGAGCAAGGGCCGUAAACAAGACGAGUCUAUAAUCUCCGAAGACCAGGCAAUGAAGAUGCAGAAUGGUAUGCCUCGCAUAUCCGCCCAAUCACCAGCCCGCGGACGACGCAGGAGCAAGUCUGCUAGACCUUUAAGUGGUAGUACUCGUAAAAACACGUCCUAUGCACCAACAGAAACGUCCGUACUACCAGACCGCCCGCCUCUCCAUGAGCUCCACUCGAACACUUUGACGAAAGAGAACAACCAUCCACCAAGCAAAGAUGAUGUCAACACAAGCUCCACACCUGCACCACCCAAACCCCCAACGGAAGUGCGUUCCUCUCCUGACCCUUGGGUGCAAGAUCUCUAUAUCUCACCAAGCAAACUUGACAAACUCACCCUUCCCCCGCCAGUACACAAGCCGUCUGAGCAAAGAUCUGGCUCACAAGCAACCCUAGGAAACAUAAAUGGCAGCAUUGGCGUAAGCAUGGGGGCUAAAGCACGAGCCGCGCUCGCGUCCGCCUCACAGAUGUCCCUAACUCCACCAUGCGAGCACCAACCGAGCAACCGUCAUGAUCACCACCGGGAAUAUCGUCCGAGCCGUCGUGAAUAUCGCCGACCCGCUACAGCCCCGGUCGACGCGUCGGACUUGAUCUCCGUCCCAAAGCGCCCCGGUUCGACUGGCCCGCCUGGAGCCGCGACAGGACCUGUUCCGAUGCACUUACGCGGUCACUCUGCCCACCAUCUUGCACACGUUCCAGCUCAACAGCAUACGCGGAGACAAUCAGCCGCAGAACCGCAGUCGCAUCAGCAUAGCCCCUUCAAUGAUGGUCGGCGCACCAAUAGUCUGAUGGACAAGGACCGAGCGGCGAAGGCCCGGGAGAGGGUUGCGGCAAGAAGGAUGAUGAGUGCCGGCGGUGGCGCAUGAUGGGACUGUCGUGUCUCGGUUCCUCAGUGGGUCUGGAAGUCUCAGAUGAUCCCAACAGCCAAUUGGCUGGGGUUAUAUUCUUGGCUAGAGCCGCGUGCGUGUAUCUUGAUUAUUUCUAGCGUGGCGUUUGACAGGUAGG